AUGGGCUGCUUACCCGAGUUUAUUCAUUGGACAUACGGCGUUCCCUGCAUAUUCUCCUCGCUGUGCAAUUGCUGUGGAGCUGCGAGGGAGUUUGUGCUCAUCUGCUCAGACAAGGUGCCAUAUGACACGCCCUCGCGCCUUCAAAGAGGGGAAAAUGUGACACGGAGACAGGGAGAACUAAGGCGCUUCAAGCAUGAGCUGACCCCACGAGAGCCGUAUUCUCCCUCCAUCCAUUCCUUCAGCGGGCUAGCAACAGGGCGGUUGAUGAGCCGCGGCGCAACGUACUGCCUCUCGGGGCGCCUUCAGUCCCCGGAGCGGACGAGGGAGCGUCAUCCUCUGAUGGGCUGCGGGUUUGUUUACGCCGCGAGGCUCUUGGGGAAGGGCGAACUUGCUGGUGGAUUUUGUAUUUGGGUCUAUGAAAAGGGGAUUCCCAAUGUAGACAAUACGGCAAUUAUUGGGAUGAUUGAGGGGAUAGUGAAAUGCUGCUGCAGAACACUUGGCAACCACAACCCUAUGAUCAUCCUGCGACCAGUUCCAUGCUUUCUUAAGAGGAGUCUUACCAGCAGCAAGCUCUCAUCCCAAUAUGGAUUGCAGACCAGCUUACUCAGCCUACUCCUGACUUUCACAAAGAUGAUGGCAGGCGAGUGGCGUCAACUGGUAUGCAGUAUUGGCGAAGAAACUUUCAACCAUGUCCUGGCCAUGUGGGACAGCAGGCCAACUCGGCGCCAGUCACAGCUCCUUGAGUACUUGAACUUGUUGAUUCUUGUUCAUGAUCCACAAGAAGAAGGGGCCUACAUGAAGGAGGGAAGCAUAAGCACUGAUCCCAUCAUUUGGCAGCGUUGCUUGUACCGUCUCUAUCAACUGAUCCAUGACCACCUGGGUCAGCUGAGCACCAAGAACAAGCUAUCUGGGGUUUCUGGUAGUUUUACUGCAGAACAGCAGAUAAUACCGCACAAUCUAGUGUCAUUAUCUGCCAGGCUGUGCAGCAAGAUUUUCCGAGACACUGCAAACUAUGGUGUUUUGGAUAUCACUCAAUCAGGCAGCACCCAAGGAAAUGCUGACAUGAAUGUGACACAGGCCGGAAAAGCCAACAAGAGGAGGAGGAUUGAAGUUGGCCUACAACCUUUAGCCUCCAAACUUAGGGAGGAAGGAACUCAUCCACAUGUGAUUCCUUGGUACCAAAUUCUCUUAGAGUUGCUGAAAUCAUACUCAGGCUUAUUUGAUACUGAAAGGUGCUUGCUGAUGUUGGAUAUGUUCACCUGUACCCUAGGAGAGAGCAGGGUCACAUUUGUACAAGAACACAUUAUACAGUGUCUAGGAGCUCUUGCGCUGCAGUACAACAAAGUUUUUCCUGAGAAAAGUGCUCAUGAACUGAUGAGGAGUGGCAAGUGGUCUCCUGUUUGGGAUCUUGUGCUGAGACUGGUUAGUGGAAAGCAGUGCAGCAAAACUGGCUUAGAGCUUCUCCAAAUUCUGAUGAAGACAGGUCUUGUGGCUCCUGACCUCUCAAUCUUCAAGUUGUUUUAUCAGGGAUAUGUAGACAUGAAUGCCACAGCCACAUCCACUCUUCUGGUGGCUUUGACAACUGUAUCUUUGCCAAAGACAUUUAAGAAUGAAUUGUCAGUCCUGGCUCAGGAUCAGGUGCAGGAUGCUCGUUCUAGUCUACGGAGAAUCCUCUUGCCUUUGGAGGUUGAGGGAACAAGUGGAAUUGCAUCCCUAGAGAGCCCCUUACUUCUGGCACAAGUCCUGGUGCUUACUUGCCUCAGGGAUUCAUGUAUAAAACAGGCAGUCUUCAUGCAACACCAACUGAAGCCAGGAAGACUGAGCAAUAGAGAUCCACUGACUUGCCUAGCAGAACACUAUCUCUUAUCAAGCUUUUCCAAAGCUCUUCCCCUAAGACACACCAAACUGGAGGAGAACCAAGAAAAUGAGAAGUGGUGUGCAGACAUGAAGAUUCUCCCGCAUGAGCAGGAGAACAUGAUAGAGAGAGUUGUUUCAUAUGUCAACCAGCUGUUACCCAUGGUCUCCGAGGAAGGAGUGACAGUUCAGGAUUUGACUACACUUUUGCUCGCUUUGGAGUUGAUUGUGUCUCUUCAGCUUUAUAUGCCAGAUGCAAGGCUGGAGACACUCCUGGAUCAGGUCAUGGGAAAGGUAGGUUUGGGUCUCAAGAAGAUUUGGAAUGAACCGGAGCUUAAUCGUUGGAACCAGCUCCUGCCUCUCUUGGAACAUCUCAGCACGCUGUACUCAAGAGUCACUGACUGUGCGAAACUUCUUAAGGAUCAAAUCACAAAGAGGAACAGAGAGGAAGUACGGAAAUUGCUGAUGUCCAAAACACCUGCCAUCCUCUAUGGCUUGAUUUUGGAGGCAGUGAGGGCUAGGGCCACAAAACCUGUGAACACAACCCAGCUUGGAUCUACGCAGAUCUACACAAGCAGAAGGCCCUUUACAAGUGGAAGAAAUGCAAUGGAUGAUGAUUUUGAAAUGGACUUUGAUGACAGAGAGAGUGAAUCCACAGUUGUAAUGAAAAAUGACUUCGAAGAGUUUGGGAGUGAUGACGAAGACAAAUCAAAUGGAACAGUUGACCAGCUGAAACUUGAUGACAACAGCACCCUAAGCUUUAAGGACAAGUGUAUUGUGGAGGCCCAGAAGCUCAUCGUCUUUACACAUGGAUUUGUGCAGGGCGUAGGGAGAGAUGAUGAGAAUAACCAGCCUUUAUUGGAGGUUGCAGAAUUGAUGGAAGACCUUGCCAAGAGCAGUCAGCUUGAGAUGACUGAUGUUGUUGUGAUUCUCAACUUUGUGGUUGCACUGUUCAAGGCUGAGUAUGAUGAAGCCAACAUGCAAGAUGGGUUUGUUCUUUUAAGUGCUGUCAGCAAGAAGUAUUCAUCAGAGCCCCAGGUUGCUUCUUUCAUUAUCAAAAUCAUCACAGAUUUCCUGACUGAUAAUGGUGCCUCCUUGUCAGACACAGCCAAGCAAAAUGUUGUCUGCCUGUCACAGGCCUUUGCUCAGAAACACCAUAUGGGGAGCUACAGUUACUUUGCAGACAAAGCAAUCUUCCAACUUAUGGUAGAAAUGACAAAGCUUGAUCCAAAGCGAGAAUGGUCUAAGUUCAGAUCAAAGAAUGGUGAGGGAAUGGGUGAACUACAUCACCUCCUAUGUAACCCUAGUCAUGAACAGCGCAUCAUGGCUGCUCGCCUGUCUCAUCUGCUCCUAACAAACAAUGAUGGGACACCGCUGGACUCACGACACCAAGAUCAGAUGUUCAGGAAGGUGUAUGAGACAGCUCUGGGAAACCUCAGUGUGCAGGGUACAGUCCCAGAUUUGUUUAGCAAAGACGAAAAUAAUAACCGUGUAGCAACAUUACUGCUCACUCUGGGGGUCAUAGCAGCCAAUUCGCCAUAUCUAGAGGCCAAAGCACUUUUUGCCAUGUGCUUCUGGGCCCCAGGCAAAGAGGUGGAUACUAUGCUGGUUGCUAGGGUCGUUACCAGGGUAGCUGAAUCAAGAGGAAAGCCACUCCAGAAAUAUGUGCGGCACCACCUCCCAUAUCUGGCCAGGGAGUGGCUGCAACAUGGCUAUGAUUUAGAUGCCUUCCCCUUCUCCCUGCUGGAGUGCAGCAGUGCAGAGGCCUUCAUUCGGGAGAACAUAAACAUUCUUGUGCCGGUCUUCUUUGAGUGUGACCAGAUAGGCCAGCUGGAUCACUUGGCCAAGGCCUGUGCAAAGGACAUCCCACAGCUACUCCGAGAAGCUUUCUCUACGCUUAUGGCCUAUAUCUUCCCCUGCAUUGCUGCUGAGGCUGAUGAGGCAACCAAGCAGCAUCUGCAGCCAGCUAAGAUUUUUGCAGCUCGUAAACACUACAAAUUCAUGGAAAAGACACUCGGGUCAGACCAGCUGAACACACUAUUGGAUAAGGACAUUGAUAAGAUUACACUGACAUUGCUUAAGCUUGUCCAUGAUCCCACUCCCAUGGUUGAGGGGGAGGUUGUGGUACCUCCCAACCCUCCACACUUUCCCCCUGUCAUUGUUGAGAAGACACUGGAGUAUCUGGGAGCUCUCUUUGGUGAGGACAAUCCUCUUGUAUCAGUGCUAGCCACAAGAGGAGCAGAGUUGAUAAAUGUGAUGGUGGGUGUCUUAGGCUUUCUUGCUCACAGUAGCACCCAAAAUGAAGCCCGCCAUGCACUUUCAUCAAUCGCUGUCCUCAUUAAAGCCCUGCUCCCACACCUAGGCCAAAAAUUACGAGAAAAAUCAACUUAUAUCAUAAAUACCUCAAUCCACACCCUCACGUAUUAUACCACAAGAUUACAGGAACUGGCUCCAUACCUGGCAGAUCAUUGCAAUGAACUCCUGUUGAACAUAUGCCAGAGUGCUUUAGAAUGUUGCCCAGACAGGCUCUCCUCAGUUAUCCCACUUCUGUUUACAAGGCUCCUGCCACUUACUCGGGAAUCAUCUAGCGUAAGGGAGUCUACCAUGCAGAUUAUAACAAGACUGGUAAUGUGUGAGCAACAGGACAUCCAGAAGGCUGUUGCGCAUUUACCACCCUUCCCUGACACAGGCGACUACCAGUGUCUCACUAUCCUGAGUGACCAUCAUGGCCAGCUGGUGGAGGUAUAUCGCGGCAAUCUUUUGUUGUACGAUGAGGUGGAAAACUUCUUAGCUCUGUCCAUAGAGCAGACUAAUGCUCACUCUGUAUCUCAUAUUCUCAAGCUGAUUCAGAACAACAGGUCACAGGUGAAACAGCUCUAUAGUUCACCAGACAUGGAAGGUGUGACUGUUGGCCAUCGCUUGACACAGGACCUCAUGAAUCUAACAUUAUCAACAGAUGAGAAGGUUGCACUGGAAGCUAGCAAAUGCUUGGGAGAACUAGGCCCCAUUCCCCUUAAUUCUCCGAUCUUCCACAUCACCAAAGAAAAAUAUCCUCUUAAUUCAGAAAAUGUGCGAGGAGCUGUGGCACCCCUUAUCAUCAAGACUCUGAACGUGUACCUUACAAGCGAACACAUAGACAUUGUUGAGGCCGCUAGUUCCUCUCUUCUGUCUGUGUUAUCCACAAGGGAGGGAUACAAGGCUCUUCAGGAAAUGGACAAAAAACUCCAAGUGGAUCUAGCUCCUUAUGUUCCUAAACAUAAACCAAAGGACUCUUCUAUUUCUUAUACAGGAGAGGAGCUCUAUGAGAGUGAAGUUGGUUGUGACAAUGUGUGGCAGUCAGGGACCAGUUAUGAGGAUUGGGUGAUUUGCUUGGCCUGCACUCUGAUUGGUGCUGGCUGCAGCAGUGAGAUCAUCACACAUAUUCUGCCAGUUUGCCGAGUAAAAGCAGAGUUCAGUGCCCUUAUGCUGCCUUACAUCAUACAUGCUACACUUCUUGCUGACAACGGGAGGAAAAGAGAGGUGCUCUCAAGGCAAAUAUCAUUCUUUUUCCAACAGCAUGUUGAGAAGAGCAAGCAUAUGAGUGACACAGGAAUGUCCAAUGCUGUUGAUCAGAUGUGCCUAAAUAAAUCUUGUAUUCAGGUACUUCUCAGUGUCAUAGACUACUUGCGUGCUCAGACCCCUGAGAGGAGCUUCACAAAUAGUGCCUCCCGUACCAGCAGCAGCCGCCUUACCCCAUGGGAGAAAAACUGGUGGCUGCGAGUGAAUUACCUACAAGUGGCUCAGGCUGCACACUACUGUGGAGCUCACUUCUCUGCCAUCCUCUACCUCCAUCUCAGCAGUGAAGAGCUAGAGCAUGAGAUAAGGGAGAACAGCGACAAAGAGACAGAUGUAAAUUCCAGACAGGUUCCCCCACUCUGCCGCCUGUCACACCUGCCUGAGAACACUGUUAUCAGAAGGCUCAUGCUACAGAUAUACAGUACUCUUGGAGACAGUGAUGGUGUAGAAGGCUGUGGUGGUGGAAGCAAGCUUGCUCACACCACUUCAAGAGCUUUGAGGUGCCAGCAUAGGGGUCAGUGGAUGGAGACGCUCGCCAUCCAUGAUGCUGCAAAUUCCACCUUUGGAAUGAUUACCAGUCUGCAAGAGCUCGGCUUCUUCAACACCGUAAAUCAGAUACUCAGUAGAACAUCAGCCAAGCUCUCACCAGAGCUUUCAGCUGCUCAGUGGGAAUCAGCCUGGAGACUCGCACAGUGGGACCUGGACUUGGGGAAGACAGAAGAAGAAUCACACACUAAUGGGACAGAUGAAAUGGAUGGAUGGAACUUUCACAAGCACUUGUUCCACAGCCUCCAAUGUCUACGCCACCAGGAGGCAGGGGGUCUCAUGCAUCAUGCACUCCAAGCCAAGAAGGGAGUCAUUACUCAGAUAAGAAAUAGUCGAGCAGAAAGUAGCAGCUCUGUGUACCCGUUGCUGACUCAGCUGCAGAUCCUGAGUGAAGUUGAGGCAGCAUCCUUACUCUUGAGUAAAGCUGAGUCACUUGAUGAGUCACACAGAGCAAUAGGAGAGUUGGAGGAGUUGUGGGCCUCGAAAGAUCAGCCGUUCAAUGUGGACUUCCGUUACAAGGAGUCCAUCCUGGCAGCAAGGAUUUCUGUGCUUCAGUCCCUCCCUGCGAGACACGGUGCUUCUAGCACCAGCCUCCUCCAUAAGACUCUGCUAAGCAAAAGCAUGCUAUCAAGGGAGAGCCUGAGGAUCCAUGGGACAAGGUGUGAAUCAGCCCUGCAGCAGACAGCAAGGCUGGACGUCUCUAAGAGCAUGGCCUGGAGGACGCGGCUGGAGGAGGCCCAUGUAGCCAGGUGUAAGGGAGACAGCCAGGAUGCAGGACAGAUUCUCAGCUCACUGCUUGAAGAGAUGGAAGGGGUAAAGCUGGAGCCAGAGCAAGAGGAAGUGUUGUGUCAGAGUCUGAACCUGUAUGGCUGCAUCCUGAUGGACUCCAGGGCCAGGUCCCCCAACACCAUCUUUAGCCAGUACUUUAACAAGGCUGUCAGCAUUCUCGAGUCAAAGAAUAGCCCUGGAAGUAACAAAGUCCUGGAAAAUAGCUACCACCAGUUGGCUGUAUACGGUGACAAGCUGUACCAUGAAGUGCACCAGUAUUUGGAGUCGGACACCAUCCAAGCUAAACGCGAGAAUAUCCAGAGGUCACAGGAAGAGUUGAAGCGCAUUAAGAACCUUUAUAAUGCUUGUACAGAUUUUGCUGAGAAGAAAGAGGUUCAUAGUAAGAACACCCUCCUGCAGAAGAAUAUUGCCAUAGACAUGCAGGUCCUGAGAGAGUUGGAAGUAGAGGAGCAAGAAUACAUCUUCCUGGCCUUGCAGAACUACCUCAAGUGUCUCCGUGUGUCAAGUGAACAUGACCUCCAUAUGCACAGGGUCGUAGCACUCUGGCUUGAGAACACACAACAGAAGAUCAACCAGCUGAUUCAUGAGUAUGGAAGCAAAAUAAAGAGCUACAAGUUUGUGCCACUGAUAUACCAGCUAGUGGCAAGGCUCAAGCAACAGAAUGACAAGAAGGACACUUUUCCUCUCAUCCUUUUGAAUCUCCUAGAACAAACCUGCAAGGAGCACCCACACCACUGUCUCCCGGUGGUAAUGGCCCUGGCUAAUGCCCAUGUAGAUGAUGCCUUAGCUAAGUCAGGUGGCAAGAAGAGCAGAUCUCAGGAAUGUGAGAUCAUUGAGGAGGACCGAGUUCAGGCUGCCAAACUACUUGUGAAUCGCCUUAAGAAGACACCUCUCGCAGGCCAUGUAGAUGAACUGGAGAGAAUUUGUCUGGCAUACUUGACACUUGCCAACUGGUCAGGUACUAAGGAUAGAUAUCGGCCGGGAGAGAAGGUAAAGAUCUCAAGUAACCAGCCCCUAAUGAAUCUGGGCAGUGUUGAUCACACGGCCGCCCUGACACGCCCUUUGCCACUGCAGCCCUCUGGCUAUUACACGCCUCCUGUAAUCAUAGGACUGGAGCCCAUGUGUACCUUUGUCGGGGGGAUCAAUGCACCAAAAAGACUCACUCUAAAAACGUCUGAUGGGCUACAGCAGUACGAACUUCUGAAGGGGAAAGACGAUAUCAGGCAGGAUGCAGUCAUGGAACAGGUAUUUGGAAUUGUGAACGAACUCCUUGCAAAGAAUUCCGAAACUCGGGAUCGAUCUCUGUCUGUACGCACUUACCAGGUGACGCCUCUUUCUCAGAAGAGUGGUCUUAUCCAGUGGUGUAACAACACUCAGGCUUUUGGGGAAUACUUAAUAGGUCCAAGCAAGAACAGUGGUGCUCACAAACUGUAUUAUCCCAAUGACUACACAGCAUCUGUUUGUCGGGAAAUGAUGGGAAAAGCUAAAGGAAAAUCAUUGGAAGCAAGAUAUGAAGUGUUUGAGAAAAUCCUGGAGAAUUUCCACCCUGUGUUUCGACAUUUCUUCUUUGAGAACUACCCAUCACCACAUGAGUGGUAUAAGCGCCGCUUGGCAUAUACACGGUCAGUUGCCACUAACUCCAUGGUGGGCUAUGUACUGGGUCUGGGUGACAGGCACGUGGAGAACAUCCUGCUGGACAAGUCCACUGCUGAGUUGAUCCACAUUGACCUUGGCAUUGCAUUUGAACUGGGCAAGAUCCUUCCCACGCCUGAGACUGUUCCCUUCAGGCUCACACAAGAUGUGCGGGAUGGCCUUGGGGUAAUGGGGGUAGAAGGACCCCUGCGUCGCUGCUGUGAGGCGACACUCAGUGUUUUGAGAAACUCAGGCGAGGUGCUUGUAACAGUUGUAGAGGUCUUACGUCAUGACCCCCUGCACCAGUGGACACUGUCUCCCCACCAAAUCGCACGCUUGCAGGAGAACGAUGAUGAGGAUCAGGAACUUGGAUGUACCAGUUCAGCGUCAAUGGCAGAUCGAGUGGUGCUCAGAGUGCAGCAGAAAUUAGCUGGAGUAGAGGACGGCUUUGCACGCUCUGUCCCAGAACAAGUGACAUUUCUUAUACAGCAAGCGACAGAUCUUUCAAACUUGUCAAGGCUGUUCCAAGGAUGGCAGCCCUAUUUAUGAUGGUCUUUACCAUGGAUGUUGAAGUAAUAUUGGUGUGAUUUAUGAAGGUGAUGAAAAUUUUACCCGGUCUUUAUUUUGUGAUGUUUUGAUGCAUGAUGAAAGGUAAGAAAACAUCAAAAUUACUAUACACUGAAUUUCACAUGAGUUAUAUAAAUCUCAGUUUUACAUUAUUAUCAUUGUAUUACUUUAUAUCUAUAUUAUUAAAUUCAAGAGUAAUAGAGAUCUGUGAUACUUCCCAAGGUGAAAAGAUACAAAUAGUUUCUAAUUAUUCUAGAAUAAUCUCAUGUAAGUUAAUUAUUAACUUAGCACCUUUUUUAAAAUGUGAAUUGUGAAAGGUUAGCUAAAGAUUUUAUCCCUCACAAAUGGGUCCUGUUACGCCUUCACCCAGCAUCCACCUGUCCUCACUAUCCACAUGUAUCCUCAUAUAUGCAGUGUCAAUAAAUGAUAAAUACAUGUC